GACGAGCCAAGAGCCGACACCACACUCACACUCACACGCACACAUACAACAUGUCCGAGAUUGCCAACCAGCUGGAGAAGAACCUCAAGGCUGACGCGCUCAACAAGGCGCUGCGGGACCGGCCCGAGGUCGAGGAGCUUGAUCGGGCGCAGAUCCGGCCGGACGCCGGCGUGGCCGACUCGCUGGCCGGGGUGAAGAACACGCUCGAGCGCAAGACCAAGGCGGAUGCGCUCAACAAGGCGCUGCGGGACCGGCCCGAGGUCGAGGAGCUUGAUCGGGCGCAGAUCCGGCCGGACGCCGGCGUGGCCGACUCGCUGGCCGGGGUGAAGAACACGCUCGAGCGCAAAACCAAGGCGGAUGCGCUCAACAAGGCGCUGCGGGACCGGCCGCAGGCUGAAGAACUUGUUGACGCCCAGAUUCUGACCGACAACCAGCACCUACCUGCAGCCAUCCAGUCAGCCCACAAGUCGCUGGAGCAGCAGAUGAAGGCCGACAAGCUCUCGCGCGCCCUCCGCGACCGCCCGGACAAGGACGAGCUCGUCGACGCCCAGAUUCUGACCGACAACCAGCACCUGCCGCCGACACUGCAGGGUGUGCACGCCACGCUCGAGAAGCAGAUGGCCAAGGACGAGCUGGCGAAAAAGGUGCGCAAGAUCUCGGCCGGUGCGCCGCCGACGUCGGCCGCUGCCGCCGCCGCCGCCGCCGCCGCCAGCAAUGAUGCCUAG